UGUUUUUCUUACUACGAAGUUUUCAGCAAUUCCAGAAAUGCCCCCUUCUUCUCUUCUUCAGACCGAAACAGUAGUCGUCGAUGUCCAUCUGGUUUCUCUGUGCACAAAACCCAUCCCUAACGCUCAGAGCACCAAUCCCUAAUCCCAUCAAUACCGGGACUGGCUGUCGGCUCAGAAUGCCCAGUCGAAGCUGACCUGACCCCAAAUUGAAAUCUUGAUUCUUCAUUAUUUUCAGAUUUACAGCCCUGGGAUGUGUUGAAUUGGCGUUUCUGUUCUUGCUACCUUGGUCAAUUACAUUUUGCCAUCGUCUUCUGUUUUUGAUGACAAAGAGUGAGGGACUGUUGGUAUUAUUGGUUAGAUCGCCGCUAUCUGAUAGUGAGAGGAGAGAAAACAGAGAGAGAGAGGGAGAGAGUGAGAGUUCAGUUGAUAAGAGUCCAUGGAUCUGCAGAUGAGUCCACUUUAGUUGAAGAUGCAUUUGAGUCUGCCAAUGAAUUAGAUCAGUGCUAAACCCCCAUUGUAGAAACUUGAUACCAGCUUGCUUAAAAUACCAGACCGAGUUUUCUCCUCUCUCUUUUCCCCCUUCUGCCUCCUAAACCAAACAACAGCAGCUUCAUCAGUUUCGAUAACUUUGAUUCCGGGAGGAUACGGACCCACAACUCUACCAAGCAAGGGCAGGACAGCGCAGCCCCAACUCCAGCGACUCCCAGCAGCAACCGUUGCUUACUCAGGAACCCAGAGUAAGGUUUAAGAUUGGAAGUUGAAAACCUGUAUCAGACAAGAAGAAGAAGAUGCAGCAGAGAAGAUUAGCAUCAUCAGGGAGGCCUACUGGAACAGAUGGCUCAGAUUUCAACUACCGCAUGGUUGUUGACUCUCGGUAUCAAAAAGUAGCUGAUGGAAAAUCUCGUCUCUAUGCGCUUAUUCUCACUCAGGCUGUCUUUCAGCUGAUAGGAGUCCUAUAUACAUUUCUUUUUACUUCCAAAGGGGAAGGUCCCGAUGUGAUUGCUAUCUCUUCUAUAGCUAUUGGUUCAAUUUCUUUGAUACUUGGGGACUUGGGUCGAAGGCGUAGUCGAGUAACUUUGUUGAAAGUUUACAUGGUUGCAUCAUCUAUUGGAGUGCUUCUUUCCAUUGCUUGUGUUGCCAAGGGGAAUGUAACAUUAGAGGUUUUCCAAACUCCCACUAGAUGGGAAACACACAAGUUUGAACUUCUUGAGGCUGCUCGCACUGCAAUUGGAUUCCUGGUACAAAUAUUUACAGUGAGCACAAUUACUUCUCUAAUCAGUAACAUGUCUCCACCGAAAAGAACCUCUUAGCCUCAACCAUAUCAAUGAUGUAUCUUUCUCAAGGUUUUUUGGAAUUCAAACCUUACAAUUUCUGGAAGAUAAUUUGAUUUCUUCCUAGGUAGCAAACUAGUUGCAUUAGGGAUUUGAUUAGACUGGAAAAUUAUUUGACAACACAUGGAACUUGUUACAGAUCAAUAUUUAUGUUUUAGAAGUAAUACUGUAAUUUUAUCCAUAAAUUGGCCUUUGUGACA